GGUUGCGGAAGUGCCAUGAGCACGGGGAAACGAGCGCGUGCUGUUGGUCAUAAGCAACGCAGUCUAUUGGCUGCACGAGGCUGCGUCAUUUCCUGACAGGGGACGGUCGGAGGCGAGAGAGCAGCCAGUCUUCACUCUGUCGCUGUAGUAACGAGCAGCAGGUCACCUCAACACAACAGCCGGACGGAUAAAAAACCAACAAAACCAACUAACGCACGGCCAGACGCCGGAGUACACGUCGCGCAGUCCGUGUAACGCAGCGGGAGAGAUAUUUAUGUGAACUUGUCGUCGUUUGGAACUAAAACCGAGACCAGAGCAGGAUGUUAUAAACUCACCGGGACGCUGAACAGAAGCACAAAAAAUAACUUUUCAUUUGCUUUUUUCUUCGUCCUUUCUUUACGAGUUGGACACUCAACAGUGGACCGAGUAGCGCGUCGUUUUUAAGUUCUGGUGUUGUUUUUUUUUCCGCCUUGUGGAGCUGUUGUUGGCGGUGAGGCGGACACCAGAGAAGCGGCGGCACGGCAGCCACCUGACCUCCUGGAAAAUAAGACCGCAGCUAAUGCCACGCAGAUCCUUGCGCGGCUCAUUACUAAGCUCUCUGACGGAGCGGGACGAGUUCUCCGCGAGGCUGUUGCACGUCCACUUUUGACGCACCUGCAUCGCACGUGAAGUUUGCAGAAUCCAAUUACUGAUAUUUAAAUUAUGUUGUCCCCUUUCGUCGCCCUAUUCAGCAAAUUGCAAGUAAUAAGUGGAUCAUCUGUCAGAGCCAGGCAGCAUGGAUAUAACCCGAGUCCACGUCGUCCAGCGGUUGUGAUGCCAAGCGCCGGUCUAAUCCCGUGCCACCAGCCCGUCAUGCCUGCCCUCUAACCCGCACCAGUGUGGCGCCGUGUCCCGGUCACCCCGCCAGGAUGAGCAGCACUGACCUGGAGCGCAUGUCGCUCAGCUCCUCGGCCAACUCGGUGGCCUCCAGCGCGCGGACGCUCUCGGCCAACGUGAGGAAGCUGCACAACGCGCUCAACCUCCUGCUCAACGACUUUGAGAGGGAGCAGUUCAUCCACUGCCUCAAUGUCUACCACUCCAAACGCAACGUGUACGACCUGGUGCAGACCCUGAACGUCAUCCUCAACGCGCCCAGCAAGCGGCAACUUUUGCCCAUGUUGCGGCUGGUCAUCCCCCGCUCCGACCAGCUCCUCUUUGAGCAGUACACCUCGGAGGGCCUUUACUUAAAAUCGGAUUUAGUUGCAAGCAACGGGAACGCUGAACCCCCUCCGGUUGACUUGCCAAGCGCCAGCCCGACUCCCCCGGGGCAGUUCUCGCCCAACAACCCGCCCGAGUUUCAGGUGGCGCUGCGAGGCUCGCCGGACAGUUUCAGCACCAGCAGCGACGGGACAGCUCCCCUGGUGCCGCUGCUCGGGAGGAACUUCGUCCACGAGCCGCCGGGCGAGCUGCGGCAGGUCACCAUGAAGCGGCACAAGAGCAACGAGGGCCUGGGCUUCAGCAUCCGCGGCGGCUCGGAGCACGGGGUCGGCAUCUACGUGUCCCUGGUGGAGCCGGGUAGCCUGGCGGAGAAAGAGGGUCUCCGAAUCGGUGACCAGAUCAUGAAAGUCAACGACAAAGUCUUCGACAAAGUCACUCACGGCAAUGCGGUGAAGGUGCUGAAGGGCAGUAAAAAACUUUGUCUCUCAGUGCGUUCAGUCGGCCGGAUUCCAGGUGGCUAUGUCACCAACCACGUUUAUACCUGGGUCGAUCCUCAGGGUCGGAGUGUGUCCCCUCCUCCUGAUCUGCCUGAGCAUCGGAGUGCCACCUUAAGAAGAACUGACAGCCAGCGACGCAGCAACAUGCAGCUACUGCAGGAGGGAGACGAAAAGAAGGUCAACUUGGUUUUGGAUGACGGCCGGUCUCUGGGUUUGAUGAUUCGGGGGGGAGAAGAAUAUGCUUUGGGUAUUUACAUCACCGGAGUGGACCAGGGCUCAGCAGCAGAGUGUGGAGGACUCAAGGUCGGCGACCAGAUACUAGAGGUGAACGGCCGCAACUUUCUGAGCAUCCCACAUGAUGAAGCCGUCAGGAUCCUGAAGUCGUCACGGCACCUGAUGAUGACUGUGAAAGACGUGGGCCGCCUGCCGCACGCCAGGACAGUGGUGGGUGAGACCAAGUGGAUCGCCAGCUCACAGAUUGCAGAGAGCUCCGCCAACAGCAGCAUGGCAGGCUUCUCGAUGGACAAAGGAGCCUCUGCAGCAGGAAAGCCUGGGUUUUAUAAAGGUGUUGCGGGCUCACAGGUGACCCUGUCCAGCCUGGUCAACCAGUCGCGGGCCAUGCUGGAGGAGCAGGCGCGCCAUUUGCUGACGGAGGCGGAGCGGCAGACAAUGGGCUACUACGUGGAGGAGUAUCGGGAUGGACACAUCGGCGUGGAGCAGCUAGUCGUGGCGUUGUUUGAGCUGCUCAACACACAUGCAAAGUUCUCUCUGCUGUCAGAGGUGCGAGGCCUGGUCACCCCACAGGACCUGGAGCAUUUUGACGGGUUGGUGCUGAGACGUGAAAUUCAGGCUCUAAAGGCACGACAGGGGACAGCUGGAGCAACCGCACUCCAACCAGACUCCCUGUCCAUGGUGUCAUACCCAGACACCCUGACCUCAUCCUCAGCCAGCUUCAUGACCAACACCACCCUCAGCUCAGCUCGGAACGACAGCGUGGUGGAGAGUAAUGAGGAUGUUCCUCCGGAGAGUCUAAACACGUUGCUGGCGGACAUCUCUCUGGACGAUGUACAGUCCACCACAGCUGAGCCUCCCCCAUCCUUCAAGCCUCCACCCCCACCAGGGGUGCAGAGGCGCCCAAGUAGACGAGAGCAGGUCAACAAAUGCCCCUCGUCCGAAUCCUCCCACUCAGGCCUGUACUUCACAGCCCCCACCUCUCACAACCACAGCAAAGAGCCAGGACCCACCCCCGCCUCACCCUCAGUGCACCACAAACGGGAACAUCGCAGGGACCCUUCUCGGGACUACGCAGCCGUCAGAAAGAGAGAUCCCACUGUACCUUCCAAGAAAGAGCAAAUAGCAGCUGCUCAGUUGUCUAUGGUCACCCAGCACAACAUUGGCCCUUUCCCUAGGGUCCAGUCCCCGAGCAGAGGUACCAAACCUGCUGCCCCAUCCCCUUCACCUCCACCUCCACCUCCUCUCCCUGCUCCUCCUCCUCCUCCUCCCCCUUCUCUGCCAUUUAAGCCAGUAUCCAUGUCCAAAGCCUCCCCCUCCUCCUCUCCUGGCACUAAGCAGCAGUUUGUUACAGUGGAGGUUCACAGGCCCAACGCAGAGCCCGACGUCAACGAGGUGCGGCCGCUGCCCCAAGCUCGAGGUGGCGCCCUGUCUCAGCUAUCAGACAGCGGCCAGACCCUCAGUGAAGACAGCGGGGUGGACAUAGCUGAGUCAGGACACAUCAGCAAAGACAGCAGCCCCCAUUCCUCACGCACACGCCACCCCCGAGACACCCAGGGGGGCAGGGGGGACAACCCCUCCAAACCGCCUGGGCUGUUGGAGCCCACCUCUACACUAGUGAGAGUGGCAAAGAGUGCCAGCACCCUUGGUAUUGCCAUUGAAGGUGGAGCCAACACUCGCCAGCCACUGCCACGAAUUGUCACAAUACAGAGGGGUGGUUCAGCUCAUAACUGCGGCCAGCUGAAGGUGGGUCAGGUGAUCCUGGAGGUAAAUGGGGUUUCCCUGAGGGGCCGCGAGCACAGGGACGCAGCACGCAUCAUUGCUGAGGCCUUCAAGACCAAAGAGCGGGACUACGUGGACUUCCUGGUGACCGAGUUCAAUGUGGCACUAUAGCUGAGCGGCGGAGGAGGGAGAACGAUGAGGAGGGCAACACCGAGAGAAGAAGACUCCGAGGACAACACGAGAGGAAGGAAUUCAAGCGUCUUUUGAUUUAAAUGGCACAACUCUUUUAGAUAGACAAAACACCGCCUGAUCUCUGAGCCCUUCUCCUUUCUCAUACACCCCACCCUUGAGUCUGGACACAUGACACUCAAAUUUACAAGGUAUUACUUCUGCUGUGGACUUUGUUCAGGAUUCUCCUCAACGUGUUACCUCCCCACUGUGAGACCUUAUGCACUAAAAUGGAAAAUAGUGAAACCUAUACCUUUUGUUUGUUCUCUCAGUGUUAAAAAGUGGACUUACAACUGUUUGAAACCCACAGGAACUUCUCGUAGCAGUCCCGCGUCCCAUGGUCAGUUGAUUUUAUUUAUUUUUUGCUUCUAUCUGAGAGACAACUGCACAUCUAAGACUGAUUCAUGCUCGACUUUACAAGCUUGGAUUUGUAUAUGUAAAAAUGAACAAAUGUAGAUACAGAUGCAUAUAUACUGUACACUUAAAGAUACUCCUAUAUGAAUUAUAAAAUCCGUAACCUCUGUUGCAUCAUCAACAUAUAUUAUAUAUAUAAAUAUAUAUUUCAAAUGAUGAUAAUUCAGGCCGUCCUGGCAAUACGGGAUUCUACACAUUUUACAGAGAUGCUACCGGCCUGACUGCGUGUUAGCACCUUUCACAAAAAAAAAAAGAAAUGGAUUAAAUCAUGUUAGGUUUGCAAAAAUGCACAUUACACGCUCAUAUUGGUUUGAUCAGGCAUAAAAAAGACAUUAUUUCCUGUUUCCCUUCCCUGUCUUUAUUUAUGGUUCGAGGCUAUGUCCACACUCAGCGAGCUAAAUUUGAAAAUGCUGUGUGAAAACAAAAUGUUUCCUGUGAAUCCUCCACGUGCGUAGAGGCAAUCUGAAUCCAGUGCAGGAAUGGCACUAUCAUACAGGGAGGCAAUGACAGGAAAGUAGGUGGUAGACUACAGUGUACAGUAAAAGAUGUUGUGUUUUUAAAUACAUGGGCCAAUUGCCAGUCAUAAAUAGUAAACUGAAGUUUGAUAUCAUAAAAAUCUCAAGGUUUCUAACCUUAAUAACACCUUCCUACUUCCUACUACACACUAAAACACAAGGCUGCCGGCUUCAAACUCAUUCACUCCAGAGAUUGAAGGUUUGAAAACUACAGUUUUUAUGUGUCAAACAUUGGAUCAAACACAUGUUUUCAGAUUUGGCCAGUUUAAUGUGGAGGUACUCUCAGAAAGGAUAAAAUCACUCUCUAUUUUUCCCUCAGACUGCUCAGCUUUUCUCCCGCUGCUCCCCCUGCUGAAUAACAAUUGAUUUUAUUUUGUAAUUUCAUAGUUUUAAUUAUAUUCACCCCGGGGGUCUUGCUGAAGCCAUGCUUAGUGCAGCAAUUACGCCCAAGAGGGGAGUAAUGAGACAUUUAGAGGACGACACUGCCAAAGGUUUUAGAAACACUGCUCCACACACACACACGCAUACAUUUUAUCCAUUUAUAGAAAAGCAAUUAGGAGAUAAGCAAUCAGGUAGAGUGAGAGAUGGAGCGGGAGAGACAGAGAGAGAGAGAGAGGAAGAAUUAGAAUGAGGGGGUGACUAAAGUAACGAAUGAGAUGUGAUUGUUGUGGGGAUGAUUUGCUUCCUCUCAGGAAGUGUGCAGAGGAUGUACAGCAAACGUGUCACUUCAGAGACUCGCAUCAGGCUGCAGGUAGAAAUAUGAGGUAAUUGGAGUAAUUAAUCUAAGUGUUCUCUGCGUGGAUGAGUGCAUUGUGCGGUAUAUGCCUGUCUGCUGUUAAUGGAUGAAAAGUGCAAGAAUAUGCUUAAGACAAGGAGACAGCAAAUAAAGAAAAAUGUAAAUGUCAUCAAAGGAGACACACAAAGAACUCGUAGUCUUCUGCUUUCUGAAGAAUGCCAACAGAGCAACUCUGUGAGAAAUUGCUAUCAAACACCGCUGACUCAUUCUGGUGACAACAGGGACAGAGAACAACACAUUCUCGCUUUGUUUUUACAUCUUAUCCCUGCUGCCUAUCUUCAAAAUGUCAGCUCUAAUGAAUGAGAAACAAAUGUUAGGGAUGCGCUGAUAGGUUUUUUUUUUUUUAAAGGUCACACUCUUCAUUAUA